CAUGUCUGGACGCGGAAAGACYGGGGGCAAAACCAGAGCUAAGGCAAAGACCCGCUCAUCCCGUGCGGGGCUCCAGUUCCCAGUGGGCCGUGUUCACAGGCUCCUGAGGAAAGGAAACUACGCCGAGCGCGUCGGCGCCGGAGCUCCAGUCUAUCUGGCGGCGGUGCUCGAGUACCUGACCGCYGAGAUCCUGGAGCUGGCUGGAAACGCUGCCCGCGAUAACAAGAAGACCAGAAUCAUCCCCCGUCACCUGCAGCUGGCCGUCCGYAACGACGAGGAGCUCAACAAGCUGCUGGGUGGAGUCACCAUCGCUCAGGGUGGUGUUCUCCCCAACAUCCAGGCUGUYCUGCUGCCCAAGAAGACCGAGAAAGCGGCCAAGGCCAAGUAAACCUUUACAGCUAAAAACCACAAACCCAACGGCUCUUUUAAGAGCCACC